AUGGGUUCAUGCGACAUCGCAGCGCAGCCAGCUGCUGGCUGGGACGAGGCACGAUGCAUAGCAGCACUUGCACAACUGGAGCGAUUGCAGGAACAAUUGGAUGAUCUCCGCCUUGCGAUUCCCCGUAUGGUCGAGCCUUUCAACUCCGACCUUGCCAGAGGCCCAGUUGUCUUCAAGGCGUUUAAGCAAUCGGUGAUUAGAGCGCAAAAUGAUAUGAAAGCUUUCAGGGCCCAAUGGCAUAACCAGGACAAUCAAUCUAUUCUUGAGCACGCGAAGGAAAGCUAUAAUGCGAACACGGAUCUUAGUGCGUCAUCUCAGGUCCCUCGGUACGGCUGGGUACUGCAAGAAAAUAUAGAGAGCCAGAUACCAGACCGUAUAGCAAAUGGAGGCAAAAAAGUGCAAGACUCUGACGCCACACUGAGUAUUGAAGAAAUCUCUCAGAUUAUCCAAGAAUUUCACAAAGCCCACCCUAACAUUAAGAUUGGCGCUAAAGACGACAAUCAUGAACUCUUGAUACAAUUCGUGGCUGGAGAUCUCAAGCUGAAGUUCCGCGUCAUCAUCGAUCAAGAAGCAAACGGCCGACACAAACUCAAUGCGGAAUGUUUGGGAACAAUGAAACUGUUUCCAGUCAUUACUAAAUGCAUCUCAACACGACCGCACGCAAAUGACUUAAAAUAUUUGCUGGACAUGAUUGCGGCGUACAAAACCACGAAAGGAGCAUCCUGCGCGAAAUGCUCGAGACUACUUGACAGUUCAGCACUCGCACCAGCAGCCAGACGAAGCAGGCAAGUCGGAAAUGUCAACAAAGAUCCGGAGCUGAUGUGGGAAGCCUUCCACGAAAGUUGCUUGGAGUGA